CAUUGAGCUUUUUCUUCGGUGUAAUAUAUAGAGGUAGUGUUCGAAUCAAUCUAUUUUUCUUAGAUUUGAAUCUGAUUCACACUUUCCUUCUGUUCUCUCAUUAGGAAUUUUUCCUCUGCUCUCUCUGAUCUCCUCCGUCUCUCUGCAACUCUCUCCAACCAUGACUUCUACUGCUAGCAGAUGGCUCAAGCCCGAGGUGUAUCCUCUGUUUGCUGCAGUUGGUGUAGCAGUUGGCAUUUGCGGCAUGCAACUCGUGAGGAACAUCAUCACGAAUCCAGAAGUGAGGGUAACCAAAGAAAACAGGGCUGCAGGAGUGCUGGACAACUUUGAUGAAGGAAAGAGAUACAAAGAACAUGGUCUACGGAAGUAUGUCCGCGACAAGCGUCCAGAGAUCAUGCCAUCCAUCAACAACUUUUUCUCAGACCCAAAAUUAUAAACAAGUUGGUCAGAUUUGUUUACUUAUAUUUUACAAUUGGAUGCAAUGAUAUUCUUUUUAGCUCCAAAUCAGAUCCUAAAAGAAUUUUUUUUUUUUUUUAAUUUUUGAUGAGGCAAUCAAAUUGAUAAUGAAGGUGUUGGAUCUUUCUUGAAUAAUAAAAACUCAAUUUUAAUAUUUUUCUCCUCUUUCAUUUGUACUAUUUUGCGAGAAGAGUUAGUAGGACUCAUGGCAAAAUUUCUGAGCUGAAAUUAAGAAUGAAUCCUUACUAAUCAGUAAAAAAAGAGGAUAACUUGCAUUCCUGAUGAGAUGUAUUUUAUUGAAUAGCAUGAACACGAAAGAAACGGUGUAUAAAUUUGUCUUCCACAUGUUUCUUAUUUGGAUGUAGUUAUGUAUAUAAGAGAUCCGUACUACAUCUCUAAAGAAAGAUGAGUGCUCAAA